CCGAGAAGAUCAUUUCCUCGAAAACUGCUUCGGCUUCUUCCGGACGCUCAGCCAUCACCUUCUUCCGGACGCUCAGCCAUCACCGGGGCAUUGAUUACCGCGUUUUAAGCCUGAGGACUUCAUCAAUCUCGCCGACCUGGCGGAAGGCCUUCAUCAGCCGGGUGUUGGCGGAUAGGUCUGGAGCCGAUCUUUGGAGUGGAAACAUAGCCCAAUCUCGGUAGUUUAUUCACUGCGUCGAAGAACCUCGAGUGUAGCUUUUGGCCAGAGGGUUCAAGAAACUUCUCACCAGGAGGGGUCUCUGACGGGGAGAAGGAAGUAGCGGCGGCUUCAGCGGUCUGUUCGGGCGGAGACGGUGGCCGCACCCAGUCGAGGGCGGAGACGGUGGCCAUGGCUCGACCCCCGUUCCUCUUGGAGCGCAAGACAUGGCCCACGCCGUUCAUCAAGAACUCCCCGGUAUUCAGGGCGGUUCUUGCGGCGGCUGCCAAAGGCGAAGGAGGAGAUCAGCACUUCGAGAUUUCGGCGGCGGAACGAAAGGCUUCUGCUGCCUUGCAAGAUUUCCCGGCGCGGGCGCUCCCAGUUUUCGGACGGUCCGAUCCCCAGGAGCCUUGCCUCGGCCGCGGAAGUUUCGAUCAGAUAACCCUACAGCCGCCUUUGAUAUUUUUGAGACAAAGCUCUUACUGACGAGUGACGAGCGCAUAAAAACUUCCAUGCCAUAUAUAUCGGCGUUUAACUUACGUUUAGGCGUGGGCUUUGUUCUCAUAGAUAUCCAGUGGAGGAGGAGAUCCUACGAGGAUGUGUAAAGCAAAUCCCAGCCAUUGGAUCGCCCAGAUCAGCUACUUCUCCCGCCAAGGUCUCCACAAGGAGACCCUCCGUGUCUUCCACCGACUUCUCCACGAAGGCCUGAGACCCGACCGUUACGUCCUUCCCGGCGUUCUCCGGGCCUGUGCCAACCUCUCUGACCUGAAAAGCGGAAGAGCAGCGCACACUUUGGCCACUCGUUCUCUGCUCGAUUCUGAUGCUUUCAUUGCUAGCGCUUUGAUCGAUAUGUACUCCAAAUGCGGAAAACUUCACGGUGCUCGGAGGGUGUUCGACAGAACGGGCGAGAAGGAUCUCGUGGUGUGGAAUUCCAUGGUCUCGGGCUAUGCCCAUGGAGGCCUAGCAGAAACUGCCGUGGUCCUAGUCAUAAAGAUGAGAUCUUUAGGAGUAAAACCAGAUUUAGUGACAUGGAAUGCGCUGAUUUCUGGGUUCUCUCGGAUGGGCAAUGAUGUGAUGGCAAUGGAUCUGUUUAGAUCGAUGCAGGUUGAUGGAGUUGAGCCUGAUGUUGUUUCUUGGACAUCAAUUAUAUCUGGUUAUGUGCUCAAUUUCAAGUACGACGAGGCCUUUGGGAUGUUCAAGCAAAUGGUAGUGGUUGCAGGAAUAAGGCCGAGCUCGGUCACAAUCAGCAGUCUUUUGCCGGCUUGUGCCCAUGUUGCAGACCUGAGACAUGGAAAAGAGAUUCAUGGUUAUGCUGUGGUAACAGGGGUGGACAAAGAUUUGUUCGUUGGUAGUGCUCUUGUUGACAUGUAUGCCAAGUGUGGGCUUAUAUCGGAGGCAGCCAGGAUUUUUGAUAAGAUGCAGGAGAGAAGUUCUGUUUCAUGGAAUUCUAUGAUUUUCGGAUAUUCGAACCAUGGAUACUGUGAGAAUGCAAUCAGGCUUUUCUAUCAGAUGCAACAUGAGCAUGCGAAACCUGACCAUCUUACAUUUACGGCAGUCUUUACAGCUUGUAGUCAUGCUGGAAUGGUCGAACUAGGGAAUCAUUUAUUCAUUUUGAUGCAAGAAUGUCAUGGGAUUGAGCCACGGUUGGAGCAUUAUGCUUGCAUGGUGGACUUGCUUGGCAAAGCUGGGAAGCUCGCGGAGGCGUAUGAUCUCAUCAAGGGAAUGCCUAUGGAGCCGGAUUCUUUUGUGUGGGGAGCAUUAUUAGGGGCUUGCCGGUGCCAUGGCAAUGUUGAGCUUGCUAAGACAGCAGCUUUGCAUCUGUUUGAAAUCGAGCCAGAGAGUGCGGGAAGCUGUGUAAUAUUGUCAAGCAUGCUUCUCGAUGCUGGGAGACAGGCAGAUGCUGUCAAGAUGAAGAAAUUGAUGAAGAAACAGAAAAUGAAAAAGUUCCUGGGGUGCAGUUGGAUAGAGUCUACCUGAUUUAAUGGAAAUGGCUGUGGACAAAAAACUCUAGUUUACUUACUCUAUGCACGUUGGUAUGUGCAUUUGGAAACAGCUAGAUAUGCUAUUUUAAUAUCGGUCAUGCUUCGUAAACAAAGAUUUAUUUGGUGGACUGAUUCUAUGGAACAAAGGUAGGAGAGAGGUCUUUCUAAUGAUACCAAGGAAAAAUAUAAACAAACAGGAAAGAUCUUCGGGCAUAAUUUAAGGAAAUCGGUAAAAGAAGGGAAAGUAAUGUCCGAGAGCAGGUGUCUUCCAAUAGAUGGAUCUAUGCCAAUUCAUGAAAAUUUAGCAAUAUUUGAUAAACACAAUCAUAUGGGCAUUUAGUUCUGAUGGCGCAUCAACAACUUCUGAAUAACAGAAGGUCUGAAGGAAGAAUAAAGAGACAUAUAAAGAGGCUUGUACGGUGCAUCUCAAUGGAUAAGAGAGAUAAUUUGACUUUGAUAGUAUAGGGAAAUAAAAUAGAAGAAAGAAGAGUGCAAAAUCGUCUAAAAGAUGGGCGCAAAAUUUAUGAAUGCAGAGAAGAAAUGGACUGAACAACCUGGUAGUGACUUUUAAACAGAAGAAUGCCUUGUUUUUCGAUGGAAGAAGAAUGUCUAUUGUGACUUGAUCUGGAGCCUCAACUUGUAAGGAAAUGCUGUCGGUGGAAGCAGAUUAAAGACAAAGAAAUAGUAGUCCCCAAGGUUGAGCCGUAGUAACCUUCAUCUGGUCUCUCAAUGGUCAAUCGAACCAGCUGUGUUCGAAGCAUCCUACAUAGAAUUAUGCACAAAUAAAAGGUCAUCAUAAAUCAAUGAUGGAUGUGGAGGCAUUGUCAUACAAACAAAUGGUGAGUAAGCCAAUGCAGAUGGAGCGGGAGAAAAUUAAGCUAUAAAAUUAUUGUGGAAGUUGAAAAUUGGUGCCUGAAGAGGCCUUCAAACUCCAGUUGAAAUAGAAAUUGGGAGAGGCAUCAAAUGGCAAUAUUAAUAAGCCUGUUUUGCUUCUUCUUCCUCUUCUCCUCCCUUUUUCUCUUUAUUCUUCCUUUCUUUCUUUUUCUUUUUCUCUCUCUCCUUUUUUUUUCUUUUUUGAGAUGCAGUUUUGUCAUCUUAACAUCAGAAGUUAUACAAGACAAAUGCAUUGUUAUACCAUUUUGCCGCAAAGCCUUGCCUAUUUUUACAAAAAAAGGCCUAAAAUAUUUAUGUGAUUUUAUCAUAACUUACUCCAGAAUCUAUAGCAAGACAUGCAUUCAUUAAUCUGGAGUGUCUCUACAGGAUAUUGGUGCAUACUACUCACAUCCAUAGUAAAUGUUGAACAUAGCCCUUUAUUUGGAUGGUUAUGGCUAACGGCUGUAAAUUCUAUGCAUCAAUAAGUUGUACAGAUUAUACAAUUGGCUUUUAACAUGGUCUCUCUCUCUCUCUCUCUCUCUCUCUCUCUCUCUCUCUCUCUUCUCCCUAACUUAAACAAAAUCCUGAUUUAAUUUCUGAGUUAGACAAAAUCUUCCCUCCUAACAGUGGCCUCUUGAGCUACGACUGGUAAGUAAUGCUUCAUUAGAUUUUUAUUAGGUUGCGGUUCAAUUUUCUUCUGGACACUUUUCAGCAGUAUUCUAUGUGUUGUAGGAGACUAUCAGCUACCUAGAUAAGAGGAAGGAAUGCACUUUCAUGCAAUUCUAUGAUCUUCGGAUUUGCUAAUCAUGAACACUGUGACUUUGCAAUCGGGCUUUUCUAUCUAAUGCAAAAGGAGGGUAUGAUACCUGACCAUUUAACAUUCUGACGGCUUGUAGUCAUGCUGUAAUGGCUGAACUGGGAGAGAGUUUAUUCAUUUUUUGAAUGAAAAUGAAAUAUUAGUUGGAAGAUUCUACUUUAAAAUGCAAUAUUUCCUUCUACCAUUUUUCAAUAUUAAGGAAUUCUACUUCAAAUGAAAUACUUUUUUUAUGAGAAAAAUACUUUAUAUGAAGAUGGUAGAAGGAAAUACCUUCAAGCAAGAUGGAAUUAUUAGACGGAUGGAAGGUUGACUCCGAACAAGAUCAAGUUAUCUAACAGUGAAACAAGGUUUGAGUUGCAGAUUUUUUACUGUAUCAAUCAACAGCAAGUCUGGACCCUGGUUGCUACAGUUUUUUAAUACUUUAUGAUGCCACAUUCCAGAACCUAUCAUUUUCUGGAAUCACAUGAUCUAACCAGUUAUGUCAAACAACUCAAUUUCAGCGCGCCCAGAAAUAAAUUAUGAACACAGCGUGUUCUUGAGAGACUGAAAGUCAUGCUUCUAACGUUUCAGCAUGCGAUGGCCUUUUGUGACAGUAUAAUGGAACCCUUUCAGUUCUAUUUGGACAAGGUUAAACGAUGGAAUUAGAUGGUAGCAGAUUGCUGUAUUGGAUCCUCUUGGAGCAUUCUCGUUGUCUUUCAAACGGUCAUAAUUAAUAAACUAACCUCUUAGAUUGCGAUGCUGUUAUGCACGAUACUGCUAUUUUAAUGUAAUCCAAAAUUGCCUGUUUUUAACCCUCCACAUGUUGGCCCCAAAACGAUGCAAUAAGGCUAGCUUUUCAGAUGUAACCUUUUUUUUUUCCAGAUGUAAUGAUAAUAAGGCUUGCUCUUUAAAUGGUUCAUCAACAGGAAGUGGACCCAAAGGUUGACAAUUCUGUCAUUGAAAAUGAUCCAGGACUGGGACAGGGAAGAUCCUUACCUGUGCCUUGUGUUCGGGGGAUUGUGAGGAGAGAUUUAUGUUGCGUUCCUGAGAGAGACAUUAGAGAUUAUGUUGAUAGCCCGAGAGACACUAAUCUCUGUCUUCUUUCACCUAAUAUCCCUGUUAUUGAUUUCUCCUUGCUUUCAAGAUGGCAAGAAGGUAAGCAAAGGAAACUAGAUAUAGGCUGCAAGGACUGGGGCUUUUUUUUUCAGGUAUGUAGAGAUUCACAGUCAUUUUAGCAGAUAAGCAGGAGAAACUCAUAUGGCAUUUACUGUACAUAAUGUACCAUGGCACAAUCAUUGAACUAUCCAGACCCUUUCUUAAAACAUGAAUAAACAGAUAAUAAUAGAUAAAAAAAAAAAAGAUUGGUCAUAGCAUUUUCAACAUGUCAAGAUGAUUGACCCGAUAAGUGCAAUUUCAAAAUUGAAUAGCUUAUGCAUUCAUCUCAUUUAUUUCUAAGUACGUACCAGUUUACAGAUUAUGAACCAUGGAGUACCUGUAGAAAUUUUAUGCAGAAUCAAGCAUGAAAUGGCUGGAUUUUUUGAUCUCCCACUAGAAGAGAAGAAGAACUACUCAAGUGUCACCAAACAAUCUCCAAGGAUAUAGGCAAGCAUACAUAAUGUCAGAGCGGCAGAAACUGGAUUGGAGUUAUUUGAUAUUUUUAAUGAUACUCCCAACUGAAAACGAGGAAAACUAAAUCACCGGCCAAAUGUUGUACCAGAUUUCAAGUAUGUCCUCUCCUCCUUCACAGCCAAUGCUCAAAUAUUUUGCAGAAAAUUAACAGAACCCACCUCUUAUUACUUGUAGAAAUGAUGUCAGGCUGCUAAUUUUUCUGACAAUAUUCUCAUGAUCCAAAAGAAAAAAUAAACUAGUAAAAAAAAAUUACAAUUGAUCAGGAAUACAGUUUUCCUUUUAUUUGAUAAAACGGUGGUUAUUAACUGACACGAUGUUUCAUUUUGAUUGUUUAUUGAACCGCAUAGCUCAACAGAUUCCCUGCAUAAGAUCAACUAAAUUAUGUAUUACUUACAAAUUUGAAUUAAGAUCCUUCAAUCACACAUGGGAGAGCAGCCUCUAGAAGCAGUUCUAUUUUUUAUUUUAUUACACUUCUACAUUCUUCCAACCAGAAAUUGUUGUCACCUUAAAAAAGCAGAGUGAAAUAACAUAAAUAGAGAACCAAAAUAAUAUUGCAUGCAUCAUCAUGUUUAAAUUCCAGAACAACUCUCGCUAGUUAACAGACAUCUUCAAAUAAAUUGUCGGUCAGUUGAUUCCGUACAAAUUUAUAUCAGUGUUUCCCUUUUGGCACUGAAUGCAGUUGAAAUGUACUCAAUGGAAAUGCAAAGGAUAACUGUAACGGGUUGCCAAUCUUUCCUUGCUAAUGAACAUGCAUAACAAUGGGCUCUUAAGACUAAUAGGGCUCUAAAACAAGCUAUGCAUAUGAACUACUAUCCAACUUGCUCCAGGCCUGAUCUAGUUCUAGAUAUGAGCCCCCAUUCUGAUGACAGCUCUAUCACCAUACUCUUGCAAAAUGAUGACAUAACAGGCCUAUAUAUCAAGUACAAGGGGGAACAGGGCUUCCCGUAAAAUGAAUUUCAGAUGCUCUAGGAGUAAAUAUUGGAGAUUCUAUUGAGGUAUUUCAGAAUCAAACUAGCAAAUUUUCUAUUUUUUCGAACCCUGAGAAACGUAAUAGCAAGCAUAAACAAUGAGCUUUUUCUCUUAUGUCUGGCCUCAUCAACAUAAAUUGUUCCUCACCACUGUCAUAUCAGAAGUAUUCAUAAACUUUUUUUAUUUUAAUCCUCUGUUUUGAACAUGCAAUCAGAAUUAAAGGCCACCACCUCAUCAAUAUUUUCUAAACAUGGUUGCAGUCCAAUCAUCUCAAAUAUCAACCCCAUGAUGUUGCAGAUUUAUACCCCAAAUGGCAUUCGUUAAUAAAUCCUCCAAUUCUGCAACUUAUAAGCUUCCUUAAGUUUGUAAGUCUUCCUUGUUUAAGCAUACAUCAAUCCCCCCAUCCUCAUUCAACAUUUGAUAACUGCAUUACCAGGUGCAUUUCCACUUGUCCAUAGUUCAUUCAUCCAAUAAUAUACACCAUACAUCCUUGCAUACAUUCUCUUUUGUGUUUUAACUCCACAAGUUAGAACAAACUAUUCCAUCUGGAGAUCCACUGGUCCCUGAUAGCACGCUUCAUUAUACACAUAUUCCAACCAAAAUUGUGCUCCCUGUAUUUUGCUUUUGCUCAACUAAUCCUUAUUUCCAAUUUACAUUAGCCAAUGCCCUACACAUUACAUGCAAAUAACAUGGACCAAGGGGCUUCCUGAUACGUCAGUCAGUAAUGCCUCUCUAAGCAGUUAUAAGGAGGUAAAAACCUGAGUAAAUAUCUCAAACCACACAAGGAGUAAUAAAGUGGAAAUAACUUUUCCUAUAAAAAAAUGCACAGGAAUAUACAUGCACAUUCACCAGAAAAUCAUGGUAUCUGAACAUUGCAUGAUUAUGAACAUGAGCAUGAAUUGCUUGAGUGCUGUAACUGGACUGUAUGGCCACUUAUCAUCCACAACACACUAGAAUAUUGCAUCUCACAAAAAAAUGAUGCUGGUGGAACAGGUUUUCCAUAGUCAUGACUCAAAGUGACGGGCAUCAACUGAUCCAUCCACUUUUAAAAAUAUCUAUUUGAAGACAAAAUUACUUCAAAUCCUAGACAUGAUGUAAUAGUAUCUAUUACAUAAGUUAUUAGUUUCUAUAAGCUUAUGUAAAAUUAAGAAAUUCUGAUAACUUAGUCCACCCACAAGGAUGUCCAUAACCAGUUUUACAUUUUCUAACAUAUCCCAGUAUCGAAUGAUCAAUACUAAUUGAAAAUGUUCUUCAUAUUCCCCUUCAGAUAUAGGUGACAAAAAUAUCUAGACAUGUAAAUCCUUACUGAAUUCUUUGCCCAUGGAGUUAAUUAGAAUUGAGCAAAAUAGAAAGGAAAAGAUAAACUAGACCAAGAAAAAGGUAAAGUAACUGCUCUUUCAACUGAAAACUACUGAUUUUAAGACAAGAUGAAAAGGUAGAAAGUUGAUGUUUGGUGGACUUCUGGUAGUAAAAAAGAAAGACUCGAAUAAUGAAGUUAAUGUGAGCUAAUUUUCACUGGUGGAAUAUCUGAAAUUUUGAAUUCAAUGAAAAAACCAGUAUAAUUGACUAAACAGGAGAGAGGAAAGGAAAAAUUUUGUCAUUCACAAGACCUGGCUUGUCAUGUAUGGUUUUUUGUUUAUUCUGUUUGCUGACAAGAAUGAUUAAUGACUAACAUGUCUCUAGAAUCAGUGGAAUUAAUCAUCUGUUUUGUUGAAUGUCAAAGGACUGGAGCAAUGGAAUGUAUGAAGGCAUUGAGCACAGGGUUGUCACAAAUGAGAGAUACCAAGAAUGUCACUUGCAACAUUUGUGCCAGAUGAGAAUGUGGAAAUUGGGUCACUGAAUCCAAAUGGUAGAUAACACUGACCAACCAAGAUAAUACAGUCAAAUAUCUUGAUUACAUUAGACAUACUUUAGGAAGGAAAAUGGGGGGGGAAAGAACACAAACAUAUUUUAGAACCACAUAAGGAGUGCUUAGGUUGCAAUUUUCUGUUUGUUCCAUGGAUGAUGCCAGUCUAAACAUGGAGAAGAGUAUUACAUUUAUUAAACCAUAGGUCUCUUCAUAUUCAAUGUCAGUAGUCUAGCAUGGAAUCUGCACUAAA